UUUCGUAAGUCGUGUCAAGUUGAAAAAUUGAUCCGUGUUAAAGACAGUCUAUUUGGUGGAAUAAGCUUUCCAAAUAUCGAUAACAAUAUAAAAUAAAGUAUUACGUUUACGUAGCAAGUGUUCUGUUAUUCACUCGUAAGGUGUAGGUAGAACGGGAAUCGGAAUAAUAAUUGGAAUUCCUGCUAAAAACAACAACAGUGAAGAAAAAGGGGAUUUAUUGCUACAGAAAUGAAUCGGAGCGAGGGGUUGGUCCGACGUGUUAAAACUCGUGAUACGGAUUCGAACAGUGGUAGUGGCGGAAACGGAGGCAGCAGUUCGUCCACUAAUAAUUUCGAUCAAGAAGGGAAGAAUGAUAAGGAUGAAGAGCUGGACGAUUGCGACUCGAAAGAAACGCGACUUACAUUGAUGGAGGAAGUGCUACUUCUCGGGCUUAAAGAUAAGGAGGGCUAUACAUCGUUUUGGAAUGAUUGUAUAUCAAGUGGAUUGCGCGGUUGUAUUUUGAUAGAAUUGGGUCUACGUGGUCGCGUCGAACUUGAACGGGCUGGAAUGCGACGGAAGGGAUUGUGUACGCGCAAAAUAAUCCUGAAAUCAGACACACCAACCGGCGAUGUUCUAUUGGAUGAAGCAUUAAAACACAUCAAAGAAACAGAACCUCCGGAAACAAUACAGAAUUGGAUUGAGUACCUGAGCGGUGAAACGUGGAAUCCACUUAAGUUGCGCUAUCAGUUAAAGAACGUACGUGAACGACUUGCCAAGAAUUUGGUGGAAAAAGGAGUGCUAACCACCGAAAAACAAAAUUUCCUCCUUUUUGACAUGACGACACAUCCGCUAAACGAUAACGUAAUCAAGUGCCGGCUAGUUAAGAAGAUUCAAGAUGCAGUGCUAACAAAAUGGGUCAAUGAUCCCCAGCGCAUCGAUAAGCGUAUGCUAGCGCUGAUCCUUCUCGCUCACGCGAGUGACGUGCUAGAGAAUGCCUUUGCCCCACUAAACGAUGACGACUACGAGCUAGCAAUGCGACGCGUUCGGGAACUUUUGGACUUAGACUUUGAAGCGGAAGCUGCCAAAUCAAACAAUAAUGAAGUAAUUUGGGCAGUGUUUGCGGCGUUUACUAAAUAAGCCCUAGUUAGGUAGAUUGCCGGUCGUUGUCCCUUUUCGCUCUUGCAAAGGGAUAUGCUACGAUAUGAAAUGUGAGUAUGAUAAAUUAUACGAACAUCAGGACACAAGUUUUAGAGUGCUUUGAAGCUAUGGUGCAACCUCAGAGCAUUCCUUCCGAUUCCGAACUUGUUCCUGGCAUUCCUUUUGAUUCCCACUUCCUCGAAAGUUCCAAAUUACCCACUUAUAUCGGAAUAACCACACAGAAUAAACAAUGAAAACUAUAAGACAUGCAUGGAGCAAGCAAGAUAGUAGCACUAGUAAUAUCACUUAUUGAAUAUAUUUUAUUUUUACCUAUUUAUAGCGAAUAAUCCAAUAACAAUAAAAAAUGUUUUUACCGAUACGAUCGUUACAAGCUGCGCUUAUGAGAAUGAUUCAAUAGGUUAUAAGCUCAUACAUCCACGUUUCUAUAGAACACAGCGGAAUUGGAAGCUAACAGAUUCAAUUUGGUCUGAAUCACUGUGUUCAGCGCAUUCACCAAGAGGAAAUUUCACAGUCUUUAUAAGUAUUGUGAUUUCAUAUCCUGUUUUGUUUCUUAAAUUCGUAAAGCGCGAAGUGGAUUUUACUUGACACAAUUUAUUAAAUAUUGACUUGCCUUGUAAAGGAGAGAAAGGGCUUAUAUUUUUUUUUUGGGUUAGCACGCUGAUUUGUCUUUGUCACAAUGUUCAUAAGUGUAUAUUUUUAUAUGCGAAAGUUCACGAUGGCAACGAAUGAAACUUUGCUGCGGUGUAUCACUAGGAAAAAUUACAAUAUUCCAGCAAGGACGUAUCGUACUGAUCUUACGAAAGAUAAGAAAAUGUAACGCUGUUGGUUGAUAUUGCCUGGAGAAUAACAAAAGGUAGUGCAUAAUCGUAGGAUGACACUAUUUAACAAAUACAGUUAGAGUUAUUGCAUGGUGUAGCACUGAUCAAACGGCAAUAACAUAACUCGUUCGGUAUUGAGUGAUCAAGGAUAGCUCGUUUAGGGGAAUGCAGUGUAAAUAGAUUGAAAGGGAAGUUUAUUGUUAUCAAAAAUAUGAUAUGUAAAAUACAUUAACGAUAU